AUGCGGGUUUUUUCAACCUCUUAUACCUUUGAUUAUGGCUGGGACGAGGUCUCCAUAGCCAACUGGCGCAAAUAUUGCCUAUGGAAUAAGUCGUCCUCACACGUGGUUGGCGUGGACACACUGUCGCGUCAAGUCGAUCCUUCCACUGGCAUUUUGGUCACUGAGAGACUUAUCACUUGUACACAGCCCGCACCGGCUGUCGUUAGAGCCCUGCUCGGGGGCCAGUGUACGACGCAUAGCUAUGAGAAGAGUUACGUGGAUCCAAAACGCAAGAUCGUCACAAUGUGCUCAAGCAAUAUGACCUGGACUAACCUUGUCUCGGUCAGAGAAAUUGUAGUCUAUGAGCCUGACAAGCAGACUUCAUUCUCUAGUUUAGAUCGGACAAAAUUUUCACAAGAAGCGAGGAUUACUGCGCUAUGUGGAGGGUGGCAGAAGGUUAAAGCGAAAAUUGAGGAGGCCACUCUCGAACGCUUCCGAGAAAACGCAAAGAAAGGGAGGGAGGGUUUAGAAGCAGUAUUAGAAAUGAGCAGAAGGGCAUUCGGAGAAGAAAGAGAAAGACGAAUGCAGAUCAGGAAAGAAGCAGAAGCGUGA